CAGUUUUGAGCAAAGAAAAAACAAAGCAUUUUGGUUUUGGCUGUGAGAGGCGAGAGGGGAUCAUCUCAGGCAGAUUCUUCUGCUACAGAUUUGUUUACGUCGUGAGCUACGAAACCAUGAUUCAUUUUGUGCUUCUUGUUAGCCGGCAAGGAAAGGUAAGGCUCACCAAAUGGUAUUCUCCUUAUGCACAGAAGGAAAGAUCUAAGGUUAUACGAGAACUCAGUGGGGUGAUUCUGAAUCGAGGCCCCAAGCUUUGCAAUUUUGUUGAAUGGAGAGGAUACAAAGUUGUUUACAAAAGAUAUGCAAGUCUGUAUUUCUGCAUGUGCAUUGAUCAGGAGGAUAACGAGUUAGAAGUCCUCGAGAUCAUUCAUCACUAUGUUGAGAUUCUCGAUCGCUAUUUUGGAAGUGUGUGUGAACUCGAUUUGAUUUUUAACUUCCACAAGGCAUAUUACAUAUUGGAUGAGCUCUUGAUUGCGGGGGAGCUUCAAGAGUCUAGCAAGAAAACAGUAGCCAGGAUUAUAUCCGCCCAGGAUCAACUGGUCGAGGUUGCAAAAGAGGAGGCCAGUUCGAUAAGUAAUAUAAUUGCUCAGGCUACUAAGUAGUUCUUUCAUCAUCUGUGAACUCUUUGCAGUUAAAGCAUGUUCCCUGUGUACUGCUACAGAAAAUGUUUUAGAUUUUUUUCCAACUUUCCUCCUGUGGAAUUUUUCAUCUUGAAGUAACUUUGAUAGAACAUGUAUGUUUUGAUUUGGGUCAUAAACAACUAAACAAAUAAUAAUAUAGAUCGGUUUGUAACC